AUGGCCCAAGUCAAUAGCACCGUGUUGGCGCUGGAGUCGCCUCAAAACGCCUGCGCGGCUAUACAUACGCCAGUCAGGGAAGGUGAUACUGCUGUCGACGAGAAGAACGGUAAUCAAAGCGAGCACACAGAAGCAACUCCGUCCCAAGCACGAAGCAUUGUUGAAACUGGGCAUGCAGUAAUCAAUGAAGCGAUCGCGCAGGGCGUAGCAGCCAAUAUCGACGAUUCUAUGACCCUGUUUCAUGAAGCAGACGAGGCCAACUCUCGAGAGCGCGGCAUGAAGUUGAGGGAAGCCUUUCGCAUCUACCCCAAGGCCAUCACAUGGAGCAUCAUCUUGUCCUCUACCAUCAUCAUGGAAGAUCGGUUUCGACAGCCGGCGCCGAUCGCUCGAUCUACACCACCGAGAUGGAGGAAGCAGGCUACAAAGGGCACACGCUACUGGGAAUGCUUCAAGGGUACAGACCGCCGGAGGACAGAGCUCGUGUGCAUGACCUGGAUUGCACAGACGCUCUCUGGAACGGUUGUCGGGGGCCUGAGCUCCUUCUUCUAUACAUCAGCCGAGAUCUCGACGCCAGACGCAUACAGCCUAGUGUUGUUGCCAACCAAGAUAUCAAUCGCGAGCGCAGCUGAGACGAAAGGUCGAACAUACGCCCAGCUGGACAUUCUGUUCGCCAACAAGACAAGUUCGGGCAACUUCGCGAAGACGCGCAUAGACAAUCUCGUUGCUGGUACCGAGACGGUGCAGAAGGAGCAAGUGCUUCGUACAGAGAACCCGAAAGAGAUAGCAGUGGUCUAG